UGAAUUCUGCAAAGACGUUUUCUAGUAAGUAUAUAUAAGCUAAAUCGCAACAAUCAAUUUCACAUACAACAAGCAGUGAACUUUAUCACCAAGAAAAUAUUUUAUAAAAGUUUUUCGAUAAGUGUUUUUUUUUUGGAAAAUAAACCAAAAUGGUGUCGAAAAUCCAAAGACUAGUCUCAAUUUACCUCUUCUCCACUAUUAUUACAACUUCUUCUAUACAUGGCGUUAGUCCAAUGGUUAUCAAGGAAGUUCUUCCUUCUGUGGAAUUAAGCCCUCCAGACUAUCAAGCCCUUCUAGGUCAGAUCAACAUAGACCUGCCGAAUGACCACCUGAACUCUGUAUACAGCGAAGCGAAUAAUACCGACCUAGACGAUCCAUUAAUUGUAGACUCACAGCAACAACGGAUGAGUAGGGUUGAUAUUGACCUCAUCUCUGAAGGGGACAAGCCUAAAUUCUACCGCAUUCGUAUUCCUCGUUCCCCACAGCAUUUUUCUGGUGGGAAGCACUACGGCUAUGGUUCAGGGACGAAGGCUCACACAAACUUUGGCUUCGGUCGACCAGGUCAUCACGGCAGUCAGGCAAUUCCUCCGAGGGAAAAUUACGACUUGGGUGGACUAAAACCCCAGCCUAGGAGUAGGCAGUGAUGAUGAUGACAUAUUCGAGGUUCCAAAAUACUCUCAUUCCAUAUUUUAUGUCAUUAAUUAACGCUUAAUACAUAUAUUCAUUGUAAGAUUUAUUUUCCUACAUUUAUAUGAAUUUUUGUAAUGUUUGUAAAUUAUUUUGUGAAUAGUUUUAUAAUAAAUAAGUUUUAAUAUAAGGAACCCUUGCAAUUUUGUUAAGGUUGCGGACUAGUAA